CCUUUCUUCCCCAAGGGAUGGGGUAGAUCCUGCACUUUCUUACAUAUAGAUUUGGUGUUCAUAUGUUUGAAUAUGUAAGCGUCAUCAAAUGAAUUGUUGCACUUCAGUUUCCUUUUGGCACCAACAUGUUUAAGCAGAAUGAACUGCAAGACUGUUCUAUUACACAUAUCAUCUUGUUUUUCUGCUCAUGUGUUAUUUCUUUCAUGGAGCCAGGCUCAUAUACUGUUGCUCAUGAGAUUUAUUAUACUAUUUCCUUUUUUGUGUUAAUCUGUUUUAACAGAAUGAAUAUGUAGAGACUUUUCAAUUCCUCCAUUUCACUGUUGUCUUGUUUUUUUUGAUGAAUUCUUUCUCAGAGCCAAACAUUAUUUGCACAUUCUAACCUGUUUGUUUAGUGUCUUUGGAAAAUAAAGAUGAUCAAAUAGUCAUAUAAUUUGAUUAACUAAUAUGCAUAGUAAUAGAAUAUGUUAUUCAUGUUAUUGUUGAUAAAUCUCUUUCUACACAGUGAUGCAAUGCGCACAAAGGAAACUCUUAAGAUCCUGCAAGAACAUGUUCAGGGAUUGUCUCAAGCAGUGGUACACUUCAUCCCAAGUUUCUACUCAAUUUCAGCGAUGGAUGGCCAAACUGCAGAGCAUUUACAAAAGGCAAUCUGUGAAUAUUCGAGCGACGAGAUAUUAACCGUCAUGUGCAUGGGUCAUAAUAAAGGAUGGGAGGAAGCAGCCUCUAUGUUUUCUGGUGAUUCAGUUGUUCUUGAGACAUGUAAUGCGGCGCUGCUAGAAGCUGCAGGGAAAUCAUGGGUUGAGGCUUUUUCUCUGGCUGGUCUUGGGGGAUGGAAGCUUCAUGGAAUUGUAAAGCCAUGAAUUGUUGUAACUAAAAGUGAGAUGUAAUUUUUGUAGCUUAAU